GGCUCGCUCGUUCGGUCGAUCGGUGCACAACGACGACGGCGUAGGCGCCUAGCUACGACCCCACGCUGACACGUAUAGGGCCCAGACACAGUUGUACCGCCACCUGCGCCGCUCCAAUCUCCUCCUGCCUCGCUCGCCGCAUCGAUCCACUCCAGCUCCUCUCUCUUCGACCUCCAGCACAGUCCAGAGAGACUCCCUUUAUACACGCGCCUCGCUCGUUCCCCCGCCAGCAGCCAUAGCCCAUAGCUCGAUCAGUCGUUUCAUGGUCUCCGGCACCGUUCAUGGGACAUGCCUCCAUCACUCUCCUCCCUCCGCUCCCUCUUCACCAGGACGCUGGGCCUGGGCUCGGGCGGCGCCGAGCACAGCGGGGAUGAGGAGUCUCAGGCCGGCGGCGGGCCCGUGCCGUCGGGUGGCAGCCGGCCGGUGGCGGGGCCUCCGGGGGAGUGCUACGCGUGCACGCAGCCCGGGGUGCCGGCGUUCCACUCCACGACGUGCGACCAGGUGCACUCGCCGGGCUGGGACGCCGACGCCGGCUCCUCGCUAGUGCCCGUGCAGGCGCAGCAGCUGCGGGCGCAGCCGCUCCCGGGGGCGGCCGCCGUCGCCGCCGCGCGGUGGCUGUUCGGGCCGGUGCUGGACCCGCGGAGCAAGCGCGUGCAGCGCUGGAACCGCUGGAUCCUGCUGGGCCGCGCGGCGGCGCUGGCCGUGGACCCGCUCUUCUUCUACGCGCUCUCCAUCGGCCGCGCGGGGCGGCCCUGCAUGUACAUGGACGCCGGGCUCGCCGCCGCCGUCACCGCGCUGCGCACCUGCGCCGACGUGGCCCACCUCGCCCACGUCCUCGUCCAGUUCCGCCUCGCCUACGUCUCCCGCGAGUCGCUCGUCGUCGGCUGCGGCAAGCUGGUCUGGGACCCGCGCGCCAUCGCCGCGCACUACGCCCGCUCCCUCAAGGGCCUCUGGUUCGACCUCUUCGUCAUCCUCCCCAUCCCCCAGAUCAUCUUCUGGCUGGUUAUACCAAAGUUAAUCAGAGAAGAGCAAGUUAAAGUUAUCAUGACGAUACUGCUGCUCAUAUUCGUAUUGCAAUUUCUCCCCAAGGUGUACCAUAGUAUAUAUAUCAUGAGGAAAAUGCAGAAGGUGACAGGUUACAUCUUUGGAACAGUAUGGUGGGGAUUUGGUCUGAAUCUAUUUGCCUAUUUCAUUGCUUCUCAUAUUGCAGGUGGGUGUUGGUACGUUCUUGCGAUUCAGCGCGUUGCCUCCUGCCUCCAAUCGGAAUGCGAGAUAAAAAACAACUGCAAUUUGAUGUCACUGGCUUGCUCCAAGGAGAUGUGCUUUCACUUCCCUUGGUCAUCAGAUAUGACUGCAUUGGCAUGCGAUACGAACUUAACUUCUUUCAGCCAACAAAAUGUGCCGGCCUGUCUAAGCGGCAAUGGCGCCUUUGCUUAUGGAAUCUACAAGGGAGCCCUUCCUGUUAUCUCGAGCAAUUCACUUGCUGUCAAAAUUCUCUAUCCCAUAUUCUGGGGCCUCAUGACCCUCAGUACUUUUGGCAAUGAUCUUGAGCCCACGAGCAACUGGCUUGAGGUGAUCUUCAGCAUCAUUAAUGUACUCAGCGGGCUGAUGCUCUUCACGCUACUCAUCGGAAACAUACAGGUAUUCUUGCACGCCGUGCUGGCGAGGAAGCGGAAGAUGCAGCUGCGGUUCCGGGACAUGGAGUGGUGGAUGAGGCGGCGGCAGCUGCCGUCCCGGCUGCGGCAGCGGGUCCGCAAGUACGAGCGCGAGCGGUGGGCGGCCAUCACCGGCGACGAGGAGAUGGAGAUGAUCAAGGACCUGCCGGAGGGCCUCCGGCGGGACAUCAAGCGGUACCUCUGCCUGGAGCUGGUGAAGCAGGUGCCCCUGUUCCACGGCAUGGACGAGCUGAUCCUGGACAACAUCUGCGACCGGCUGCGGCCCCUGGUGUUCUGCGGCGGCGAGAAGGUGAUCCGGGAGGGCGACCCGGUGCAGCGCAUGGUGUUCAUCCUGCAGGGGCGGCUGCGGAGCACGCAGCCGCUGACCAAGGGCGUGGUGGCGGAGUGCGUGCUGGGCGCCGGGAGCUUCCUGGGCGACGAGCUGCUGUCGUGGUGCCUGCGGCGGCCGUUCGUGGACCGGCUGCCGGCGUCGUCCGCCACGUUCGAGUGCGUGGAGGCGGCGCAGGCCUUCUGCCUCGACGCGCCGGACCUGCGGUACAUCACGGAGCACUUCCGCUACAAGUUCGCCAACGACAAGCUCAAGCGCACCGCGCGCUACUACUCGUCCAACUGGCGGACGUGGGCGGCCGUCAACGUGCAGCUCGCGUGGCGGCGGUACAGGGCGAGGGUGAUGGCGACGGCGGUGCUCCCGCCGCCGCCGGCCGGCGCGGCGGGGCCCGAGGACGGGGACCGCCGGCUGCGCCAUUACGCGGCCAUGUUCAUGUCGCUCAGGCCGCACGACCACCUCGAGUAGGCUCGGGACCGAUCGGGGGGAUGGAUGCAGAGGGACCAUGGUUUGUACAAUGUGUAUCUGUCACGUUGUACCUGACAAGGUUCGCCAUUUAUUAAGGAUGAUCAGUACAAUAA